AUGGACAAAACCGCCAAGAAGCACCCAGUCGGACUUCUCGAGACCAAAUCACUCGCUUCGGCUCUUCCAGAAAAGAAUGCUGAGGGAAGACCAAAGUAUACACAAAUCUUGACACCGUCCAAGUCAUCUUCAGCUUCCAACGGAGAUGCUGUAGUAGCUCCGACUUCUGUGGAGAAGAAGACUUUUGCAAAACAACGUCAACAGCGCUCCAACAACAACAAGCAAGGCAUCAAGAACGCCAAUAAUCAGAAACCCCGUGGAAUAUUCUUGCCAGCUACGGAAAAACGGCCAUUCAAUCUUCUCUUGAAGAGACAAGAAGUCGUGGCUCGUCCAACGGAUAUCAAACUCGCUCUUUUCCAAUUACUCCUGACAAUUGGCCCACGGAACUUCCUGUCGGCCAUUUAUCCCUGCAAGAUUACAGUCGAUGGAAAUGAGUACAACUCUGUGGAGCAUUUCUACCAAGCAUGCAAACUCUAUACCCUUGUCGGACAGGAGAAAGCUGCGGAGCUCAAGGCAUCUGAGAGCCCCAUUGAGGUCAAGAAGGCAACUAAGGUUUUAUUGAAGGAGGCGAAUAUUACAUCGAAGAAAGUGGAAGAGUGGAAAGAGAAGGACAGUAUUGGAGUGUUGAAACACGUCGUCACUCAUAAAUUCACACAGAAUGAGGCGUUGAAGGAGAAAUUGUUGGAGACUGGAGACAAGAUUCUCAUUCAGGCCUAUAUCGGUGAUACAUUCUUCGCCACCGGUGCCAGCUUCCACUACGUCAGCGAAUGGGUCUCCCGCCAUGUAAACCAAGACCUUGUCUACCCAGAAGAAGUCACCGCUGAAAAUUUCAAGUACUUGCCAUUGGUGGCCAACGGAAAGAAUGUUUUCGGUUGGAUUUUGAUGCAAGUCCGCGACGAACUCCGUGCUCAAUCUUCCGCCUAA